AAAAUUCUAAUGGAAAAGAUUUGGAUUUAUAUAUACUUAUUUCAUCCAAGAAAUUAGCUUGUGUAAUAGCUUAUCUUUAAAUAAAGAGCAUCAAAUGGAUUGAGUACGAUAAAGGAAAGAAAAAAUCACAUCAGAGAUAAACAGAUAAUUUUAUAAUAACACGGGUUAUUAAUCAAUCCAUCAAGUAAAAAAGAAAUUAUAAAUUAGAAAAAUUUUAUUUGGUUGGAUGAAUAAUUGAUUAAAUACGUCAAUAAUAAGAAAUCUCUAGUGUGUUUUGAAAUUUCCUCUAUUCUAAAUUUUAUAAUCAUCUUAUCUUAGAGUAAAUAUCAUUACAUUUAACAUAGGCCUCCUUACUUUAAAUUGACUCAACAAAUUUACUAAAUUUAUAGAUAAUAAUUAAAUUAAAAUAAAAAAAAAAAUAAAUAAACUUAAUAAAAAAACAACUGCUAAAAACUAAAAUGGGUGGAAAGAAAGAUCAAGGAAAGAAACAAGAACAAGCUAAGACCAAGGAUGAAGCUCCCAAGUAAGAGCAACAUGCUGAUGGUAAAGAAGCUAACAAGAAGGCUGACAAGAAGAAGAAGUGAUAGUCAUUUUCUAAAAUGA